GAUACCUGAACUUUUGAAAUAAUACUUCCUGCUCUGGUAUAUAAAACUGAAAGAAACUUCAUUAUUUUCUUUACAUUGACUGUUAAACAAAUAUUUUUGAAAUAUUUAGAAAUUUAAAAAAAAUAUUUAAAUAUUUUAAACUAAAUAUUAAACAGAUUUUAUUAAAACUUUCGAAAAACUUCAAUUUCUUAAAGAAGAAAAUAUUCCGAAAAAAUGUUUCGCGAUAGUGCCUCCAAUCAAAUGAUUGACUUCAAGAACAAUAUGACUACCCCGGUGGGUACCAUAACCACGGGUAGUGGAAAUCCUAUAGGCACCAAAGAUGCCUCCCUAAGCGUAGGAGCCAAGGGACCUUUACUACUGCAAGAUUCAAUAUUUCUCGAUGAAAUGGAACAUUUCGCCAGAGAACGUAUACCAGAGCGUGUGGUAUAUGCCAAAGGAGCCGGGGCUUUUGGUUAUUUCGAGGUCACGCAUGAUAUAACCAAAUAUUGUGCCAUUAAGAUGUUUGAAAGAAUCAAGAAACGUACUCCCAUAGCUUGUCGUUUCUCCACCUAUAGUGGGGAAUUGGGUUCGGCAGAUACGGUGCGUGAACCCAGAGGUUUUGCAGUGAAAUUUUACACCGAAGAUGGUAUAUGGGAUUUGGUGGGUCAAAAUUGUCCAGUAUUUUUUAUACGUGAUCCAAUAUUAUUUCCCAGUUUAGUGCAUUCGCAAAAGCGUAAUCCUCAAACUAAUAUAAAAGAUGCCGACAUGUUUUGGGAUUUUGCCACCUUAAGACCAGAGUGUCUUCAUCAAUUAUGUUUUAUGUUUGGUGAUCGUGGCAUACCGGAUGGUUAUAGGCAUAUGCAUGGUUAUGGUGUCCAUACCUAUAAACUGAUAAAUGCCAAAGGCGAGCCUAUCUAUGCCAAAUUUCAUUUUCGUACCGAUCAGGGAGUGCAAAAUUUAGAUGCUAAAAAAGCAAGUGAUUUGCAAGCCCAUGAACCGGAUUAUUCUUCAAGAGAUUUAUACAAUUCCAUUAGAAAUGGUAACUAUCCCAGUUGGUCCGUAUACUUGCAAAUGAUGACUUUUGAUCAGGCCAAGAAAUUUAAAUAUAAUCCUUUUGAUGUUACCAAGAUCUGGAGUUAUACAGAUUACCCUUUAAUACCGGUGGGUAAAAUAGUAUUGGAUCGUAAUCCAGGCAAUUAUUUUGCUGAAAUAGAACAAUUGGCUUUUAGCCCAGCCAAUAUGGUGCCCGGUAUAGAACCUUCUCCAGAUAAAAUAUUGCAAGCUCGCCUAUUUGCCUAUGCAGAUUCUCAAAGACAUCGUUUGGGUGCUAAUUUUUCACAAAUCCCGGUAAACUGUCCUUAUCGUGUGGCGGUUAAAAAUUACCAACGUGAUGGUUUUAUGUGUGUAACCGAUAAUCAGGGUGGUGCCCCCAAUUAUUAUCCUAAUUCCUUUUCGGGACCUGAAAUCUGCUCCCGUACUAAAGCUUUACAAACUUGUUGUCCUGUUGCGGGAGAUGUUUUUCGCUUUAGUAGUGCUGAUACGGAGGAUAAUUUUAGUCAAGUUACCGAUUUUUGGGUUUUGGUUUUAGACGAUUGUGCCCGCAAACGUUUGGUCAAUAAUAUAGCCGUUCAUUUGUGUUGUGCUAGUGUUUUUAUACAGGAGCGUGCUGUCAAGAAUUUUACUAUGGUUCAUGCUGAUUUUGGUCGCUUGCUAACGGAAGCUUUAAAUAUGGCGAAAAUGGGAGAGUUGUGUGUGGGUUAAUAAGAGUUUUUUUGUAUUUUUUUUUGAUAUUUUUAUAAAAUAUACUUUGUAAUUAAAUGUAUUUUCAAGCUAAAUUCUUGAAAAGAUUGAUUUCUCUCCAAUUAUUUAGAAUUUAUGUG